AAUCAGAAGAAAGGCCAAAAUUCAACAUGGAUUAACAAUCAGUACCUGUUUUCCAAUGGACAAUCAAGAAGCAACUGCUACCAUCAUGGCCGAAAACGUUACCACCAUUUCCAGUGUCACAGCCACCGGGAAAUCUGAGAUGAUUCUGUUCACUCAGCAAAGUGCAACUGCCUACAAUUCCUCCUGUCCUUGGCCAGAGGAAUGGAAUUGGCUGCUGCAAAUCCAGCCCAUAUUCCUUUGGCUCCUUGCUGUUGUUGGAAUAGUAGAAAACAUGUUCGUCCUCAGCAUUCUGUGCCUCCAUAAGAGCCGCUGCACAGUGGCGGAGGUCUACUUGGCGAACUUAGCAAUGGGUGACCUCCUGUUACUCUCCGGUUUGCCUUUCUGGGCUCUCUAUAUAGACAAUAAUUUUAAUUGGCCCUUUGGGCUCACCUUUUGCAAAGUCAUCAAUACGAUCCUUUAUAUGAACCUGUACACUAGCAUUUACUUCUUGGUCAUGGUGAGCAUUGAUCGCUACCUGGCCUUGGUGAAAACCAUGUCUCUGGGACGUUUGCGCCGACCUUGGUGUGCCAAAUUGAACUGCCUGAUCAUCUGGAUCUCUGCAUUGCUCCUAUGUACUCCUGUCCUGAUGUUCAGGUCAUUAGCGUAUAUGGCAGAUUCUAACACUACAGUCUGCAUCUUGGAUUACCCAUCCCUUGAUGUGUGGAUAAUUCUCACAAACACUUUGCUGAAUACCGUGGGCUUUCUGAUGCCUCUCUGUGUCAUUACCUUCUGUACCAUUCAGAUCAUCCAAGCUUUACGAAACAGCGACAUUCAAAAGAUCAAAACCUUUCAGAGGGAGAAAAGAGCCACCAUCCUGAUUUUUGUUGUCCUUCUUCUAUUUAUUGUCUGCUGGCUUCCUUUCCAGCUCACCACAUUCUUGGCAACAUUGCAUCAAAUCAAGGUUUUUUCUGGUUGCCCUGCUGAACAAGCCAUCGAUGUGGCUUCCCAGAUAGCCACCUAUUGCAGCUUCAGCAACAGUUGCCUCAACCCAAUAGUGUACGUCAUUGUUGGUAAACAUUUCCGAAGAAAAUCUAAGGAAGUCUACUCAAAUAUGUUUCUUCGGAGACGUAGCAAAUCACCAUCUGUCCAAAUGGGGACUACCAUGGAAACUCUCCGAAUGUCCUUUUCAGUAGAACAACAAAGGAAAAAGUCUGCUGUUAAUGUGCUAUGA